AUGGAUAUUGUCGUAUGUCUCGCAUUAAUUGUACUUGCUGCAGUCUUUAUAUUUUCUUCAUUUAUUAUGUUUUUGAUGUGUCAAAGGCGAGCGCAAUUUUUCAAGGAACAAGUUUCGAUUCCAUUGAAAUUUUCAAAACUACGUAACGAAAAUUCGGAUACAGUAGUGCAGCUAAGUCCACUUGUUGCACAAAUUUUGGAAAAUAAUCAGUGGAUUUAUGAUGUGUCUGGUCUACUGCAACAUUGCGUUGCUAUAUUGAAAUUAAGCCAUUCAGUUAUUGAAAAGUUGGCAAAAAUUUCCUUGAAUUCCAUUAAUGAACAGUUAAAUGAAUCUAUACUGAUUGCAACACAUCGCAUUAUGCCUCGAUUCGAUGAUCUCAUAAAAACUUUGGCUACCAAACAGGUUGAUGUUCGUCUAUUGGAAGCACGUGCUUCAUCUCUAGUAAGUGCUUCUUGGGCACUUGCUUUACCAUUUACAAUAAUCUGUCCAAAAGCUGUCGAUUUUUUGAAUGAAUCAUUAAAUGAAAUGGAAAAGCAUAUGGAAGCUCUCCGAUUCGUUGUUGAUCAUGCUGAAAAUUAUUUCAACGAUAAUGUGGACAGUAAUUCGAAAAACUCACCUUUACACACGAUUAUUGAGGAAUCAUUUAUCACUAACCAUUCUGAUCGUGACACUGAUAAAAAAAGUGCAAUUGCUGAAGAAGCUCCAUCAGAUCCACAAGUCGAUAACACACAAUGA